CGCGCCGUGCACUUCGAUUCGUCAGCUGCAAUUCCUAACGCUAUACUAUAUCUAUAUAGUCUAUAAAGAUCCGUGUGUGUGUGUGUCUGUGUCUGGGCUUUGUGUUCGCAAAUAACUAACAUUUAAUUGCGAUCGUGCUUUAGGAAAUAGAAACAUUUCGCAAAACGAUUAUCGAUCCUAGCCUUUGUGUGAGUGAGUGCAGUAAAACAACAAAAAAUACAGAACAAAAAGACCAAGAAAACGAACUUCUGGACAAAAUGACAAAAAACAAAAAUCAAAAAAAGAAGGCGGCCGGUGCAAGAAGCAAUAACAAUAACAACAAUGGCACCGGUACUCCGCCCGAUAUGUUGACACCGCCGGCAACGCCGCCGGCCAAUAACGGUAUCAAAGUCCCCCCAGGUACAGGUACGGGAUCAGGUACCGGUACCUACGCCAAUGGAAUGCCACGAAAGCCGCCGGUGCCGUGGGAACGCGAAUUCAUCGGAACUUUUCUACUUGAGAUGGCCCUGAAACAGGUGAUCAGUGCCCAGACGGAGUGGUAUGUGGACAAGAUGAAGAUGCGCCAGAUGUUCGAUGCCCAUUUGGGCAGCCUGCCCAAUAGCAGUGAAGUGCGAGUGCUGCUCUCCAUCCAGGGAGCCUGGAAUAUUGGAUCUCUGCUGCAUAGGACCAACUUUCUGAUCAACACGCCGCGGGGAAAUAAUAAUUAUCGCAUCAAGAGCUUCUCCUUGAUGGACUUUCGUAAGGAGAAGUUCAAUUUGAUGGAUGAAAAGCAUCGCUUGAAGGGUACCGUUGUUCAGGGUCUGGUUCCUGGAGCUGCUGUGGAGGGCAACAAGCCCUUGAUCGAAGAAUAUAAACUCGAUACGAAGGCCACGGCUACGCUUCUAAAAUACCAAAAGACGCAAUUGCAAAAACCGGUGAAAGAUUUCGAUCUUACCUCUCUGGGUUGCUAUAUUUGCCAGGUGAACUUCGAUACAAUUGAGAAGUAUGAGGAGCAUGUGGAGUACCAUGGCGACGAAUCCGAUUUCAAGUCACUCGAAAAGAUGGAGAAAUUCUCUUCGCCCAGGCUGACCCUCUCGUACCAGACCUGCGUGGACAGCCACUACUUUGGCUUCACUUUGAAGACGGACAGCAAGGAUCUGAUAGUGAACAAGUUCAUCAUAGUGCAGUCGCGUCAGUUCUACUACGUCUACAAUGCGCUGAUGCCAUUGGAGGUCCCAUCCAGCGGGGAGCUUGUCUUCUUCGUGGACUCGCACGUCUUCAUGAUCCUCCGGGAGCAGCCCAUCGUGAUUGGGUUCACCAGCCAGGGCAAGAGAUUCGUGGAGCAGCACCACUUCAUGCGAACGGAGGCGCUGCCCAAGGCUAGCUUCAAUAUCAAUCCGUAUCGGCUGUCCAGCAACGAGACCUUCAAGAGCUUGGGUCUUCCGCCGGCCAAUCCGCCCACCCAGGUGGCUAGUGCUUUGAAGCACGAGGAUGCCCAGGUGCGGCUGGCGGACUUUGACCAGCACUAUCGCAACUACUGUGAGCUGGGCAGGGAGAUCACCCAGGAGAAUCUCAGCGGCACGCUGCGCACCCUGCUCCAGGUGGAGGACAUCGAACGAUUGCAGCAUUACCUGGGCCUCAAGCAGUCCAAGAUGGAGCUGCAUCAGUUCGGAAGGGAAUUGUCGGUGAAGCUGCGACUGGGCGGCAACAAUAUGAGCGUAGAGGAUGUCCUCUCGCCCGGCGACGAUGUGCUGAUCAUCAACGAGAAGGGCAGUCCGAGCACGGGAGUUCGCCAGCUGCUGGAGGACAACAACCAGGUGCUGGAACUGGCCCUCAAGGAUUUCGAUUCCAUAUUAAAGUGGGCUCGCAGUGUGGACGAGAGGUUCGGAUCGCUGGACAAGCAGCCGCGGGUUUACUUUGCCCGCAUCCUGGGCGUCUCCACGCAGCGGGUGAACAUCACUUGCGAGCGCCAGUUGCCGGACAACACCACCUACACCCUGAUCUUCCGGCCGCUGCGGGCGGUGAUGCGGUAUCAGUACCGGGCCCUCCAGCAGUUGUCCCUCACCAGGCACUCGGAUGUCCAGCGGAUUCUGUUUCCCGGUGAGAUCCCGCGGGAUUCGAUUGCUCGCGGCGCCUUGCAGCUGAGCAACCGGAGGAUUUCGAGUAAUCCCGAGCAGAUGCAGGCGGUUCAGCAGAUAGCGCUGAGCGAGAAGCUUCCAGCUCCGUAUAUCGUUUUUGGUCCUCCGGGAACUGGGAAAACGGCGACCAUUUGCGAGGCCAUCUACCAGCUGUAUGUGCGUCGUCCUGAAACUCAUAUCCUGGUGCUGGCUGGUUCGAAUACCGCCUGCGAUGAAGUGGCUCUGCGGCUCUUGAAGGCCAUUGCAAAGGCUCCGGAGAGUCAGCCGCGACCGCUGACCCGCAUCUUCGCCGCCAGCUGCGAUCGGCGCAUCGACAACAUCGACGAUUUGCUGCUGGAGUACUCCAACAUGUACGCCCUGCACUUUUAUCCGGCCGUCCAGGCGGUGCACCAGUACCGCAUUGUCGUCUGCACCCUCAGUUUGGCCGGCAAGUUGUCCACUGGAGGAUUUGCCAAGGGCGGUUUGUUCUCGCAUGUGUUUGUAGAUGAGGCAGCGGCAUCCACGGAGGCGGAGGCCUUGAUGGGCAUCACCUGCACCCUGUCGCCUACUUCGAAUCUGAUCCUAUCCGGGGAUCACAAGCAGCUGGGACCGGUCCUUCAGUCGCAGAGGGCCAACGAAUGGGGAUUGGGAUUGUCGCUGUUCGAGAGACUCAUCCAGAGGAAGUGCUACCAAAUAGACGAGGACGGCAACUACAAUCCGGCUGUGCAGACUCGCCUCAUCCGCAACUAUCGCUCCCAUCCGGAGAUUGUUUCCUUGUACAACGAGCUCUACUACGAGGGAAAACUCAGGGCUCAGGCGCCCAUGGAAAGUGUUUGCCGUUUUCAAAACUGGUUUCACAUGCCGAAUGCUGACUUUCCCAUCAUGUUCCAUUCGGUAUUUGGCACCACCAUGAACACCAAGAGCUCUGUGAGCCUGUGCAACAAUAAGGAGAUCGACGCCGUAAUGGACUACGUCAAGGAUCUCAUGUACUUUGGUCUGAAUGGCGAGAAGGUCUUGCAGACGGACAUCGGCAUCAUAUCGCCGUACAAGAACCAGUACCAACGCAUCCAGGAGCAGCUGAACAUGCGCAACUGGUCGCAGAUAGAUUGCGGAUCUGUGGAGUUGUUCCAGGGCAAGGAGAAGCAGGUGAUCAUAGUGUCCUUCGUGCGAUCCUUUACUCCCAAACUGGGCUUCUUGAACAAUGAAAGGCGUCUGAAUGUCCUGCUUUCGCGUCCAAUGUCGCUGCUUAUUCUUAUCGGGAAUCCACGAACGCUUAGCCAGAAUAAUGAUUUCCGGCGGAUAAUCGAAAUGUGUCGCGAUCGCAAAACUUUGGUUGGAUGCCCGUACUAUCGCGAGGAAGUCAAUGCGAAUAAGGAAAACGGAGGACCAGCUGUGAAGCAGCCUGCAUCCGGUUUGGGACAACCCCUAAAGCGAACUGCCCACACAAAGAAUCCAGCUCAGGCCGCUAAGCUCUUUUACAACAAGGAAGAACUGCUCAAGCUGGGUAUCGAGUGCAAGCCCCAGAAAUCGGAGGUGGACAAACUAUUUGAGGAGUUGCCCAAGGUUCCACGCUAUGUGAAUCAUGAUUCGGAUGCGGUUCGUUCAAUAGAGGCCCAACUGAAGGAUUUGAAUUUGGAAAUCAAGCCAGCUCCACGACCCCUUGUUACACCAAAGCCAGCUCCACGACCUGUUGCUGCACCAAAGGCAGUUCCACGUCCUUCAGAGCCCCAGAUCCCCACGUCUUCCAGACGUCCGGUGGUCAAGGCAUCUGAACCAUUGGUUAUUCCGCCUUUCAAGCGACCGGAAACCCAGAUGUCAGAUCCACGUGGAACUCAACAAUACAUUAAUGGAGUGCCUUGUGGCAUUGAGUUGCCCAGCGCUCCGCCAUUGUCGCCGCCAAAGACCAGGUCUACGACCUACAGCCACAUUCCCAGUGGCCAUCACCGGUUCGAGAACCUGCGUCCCACGCCGGUGGAGUACCGGCGCCAGCCGCCCUUCAACGAGCCCCACGGCAACUGGAACAACUUCGGUUGGUCGCCUCCUCCGUCACCAACACCACCGCCCAGGCAGAAGAAGACAUGCAUCAUUUCAUAAUUGCAGUAGCCUCUGUGGAGGCACUGCUUCCUAUCUACGGGGACAGCGGGGUUGCUUGGCCUAACAAGUGACCGCCGUGUGGGCCCCUUUUUGACUUUGCUAUUGGCAUUUGUGCGAUCUGCGAUCAUCCAUGCGCCAAGUAGCAAAACAACUUACCAAAUAGAUUCGCAUCUGAUGUGCGCCUGCUGGAAGAGCAGGUUCAAAAGAAAACUUUUGUCCUGUUUUUCCCGCUGGGUCGCAUCCUUUGCGAAUGUAAUUGAUUCGAGCAUAGACAUGGAGCCCUCAAAGUGAACACUUUUCGGUUGUAACGGCCCGAGUUUUUUCGAUUUAUCCUAUGAUCUUGGAUUUCUGAUUUCGUAGUAUAAGCCGCAAAUCUUGCGAGCCAUUCAGUCUUUAGGUUUGACUUUGGGUGUUUUAAAAUAUAUAAUAAUUUACAGAGAGGGGAUCAGUAUAAAACUGGAUCCCCACAAAAAUAAGUAUGUAAACCGCGCCAUUGAAUUCCUGUAACCGUUCCAUAUCUAUGUAAGACUAAAAACUUUUAAUAUAAACGUCACUCAUGUGUA